AUGAAUUUUUCAACUGCUGAUAGAACUAACGAUAAUGCAGUGGAAGGUAAUGGCACUUCAUAUCUGUCUUCAUCAGUUUAUCCAAGGCUAGAUUUUUAUAUUGGUCUUGGUUUGGCUAUUUCAUCGUCUUUAUUUAUUGGUAGUUCAUUUAUUAUUAAAAAAAAGGCCCUGAUCAAACUUGCUCGAAAUGACUACUUCCAUCGUGCAUCUGAAGGUGGGUACGGCUAUUUACGGGAAUGGCUGUGGUGGUUGGGAGUAUUGACGAUGGGUGCCGGUGAAGCAUGUAAUUUCGCUGCAUAUGCUUUUGCACCUGCGAGUUUGGUGACUCCACUUGGUGCGCUCAGCGUUAUUGUAACAGCCAUACUGUCGUCAAAAUUGCUCAAAGAACGUCUAAACUUAUUGGGUAAGAUCGGUUGUGCUGUAUGUCUUCUCGGUUCAACAGUUGUUGUGAUACAUUCACCAAAGGAAGAAGAAGUUUCCAAUAUGGCAGAAUUAGCUCUUAAAAUGAGGGAUAUAGGUUUUAUUUUUUAUGUCGCAGCAGUGGUUUUGGUUUCGAUGGUAAUGAUUAUUUGUAUAGCACCUCAUUUUGGCCAUUCCAAUAUAUUGGUGUAUAUAUUUAUUUGUUCCAUUAUUGGCUCUCUCUCAGUUCUAUCCGUCAAGGGUCUUGGUUUGGCUAUAAAGGAAACGAUAAGUGGAAAGCAGCAGUUUACCAACUUACUAACGUGGUUUUGGCUUGUUGCUGUUAUUUUUUGUGUUGCAAUACAGCUGAUAUAUUUGAAUAAAUCUUUGGAUAUUUACAAUACGUCAAUGGUAACGCCUAUAUAUUAUGUUUUCUUCACGACAUUUGUCAUACUGGCCUCAUCGAUUUUAUACAAAGAAUGGUCUCGUCUGGCAGCAAGUGAUAUUUUGGGCAAUAUUGUCGGUUUUCUGAUUACAAUCAUUGGGAUUUUUCAGAUGCAAUUAUUCCGCGAUGUGAAUAUAUCGCUACGCCAUCUACAAAUUUUAAUUCAUAGGCCGUCAAGCAUAAAUUCCUCUGAAACUGAAAAUGGUACCACAUAUCUUGUUGACGACUUACCUGACGACACUGCAAAUCCUCAACAAAUUUAUACUUAA